AUGGCGUCAUCAUCAUCAUCACAGAUCACAAAAUACCCUGAUGAUAAAUCACUCUCAUCUACUACUUCUUCGUCAUCAUCAUCAUCAUUGAAUUGCAAAAAACCAACUCGCCUGAGUGAUCUCACUUUCCGAAACCAGAACAUUUUCGAUCCCUGGAACUCAGCUUCUACAGGCCAUCAACGGGCAGAAAACCCGUACUCCUGCACGACUGAAUGGCGACAAACGCGGACGGAGAAACUUGCAAGGCAGUUCCGAGGGGUGCCGAGUGACGACUGCUCUGACGCUACCAAUAGCAGAGGAAAAACGACAGGAGAAUGGCGAUGGUUAUCAGCAGAAGAAGCGAAGAGAAAGGAGCUCGGUUGUGAGGAUAUUAGGAAGUUCUUUGGCGGGGUGAAGAAGGGUCAGACGGAAAUAUCCAUAUCCGUCUCGAAGAAGGCAGGCCUUCUUCCAACAAUGGGGUCAUCGUCAAGACAAAAGCUCACGUUUUGCGAGAACAAUAACAACGACAGCGACAAUAAUAACAAUAAUGAUGAUAAUGACAAUGACAAUAAGACGAACGCAGUCGAUGACAACAUUCCAGGUCAUAAAGAGGAGGAAGAGAAGAAGAGCGAACCAGAACCAGAACCACAACCAGGGCAAGGGCAAGAGCCGGGACAACGACGAGGCAUCUUCACCGGUCUAACAUUCUACAUCAACGGCUCCACCUUCCCACUAAUCUCAGACCACAAACUAAAGCAUCUCCUUGUCGAGAACGGCGGCAACAUCUCCCUCGCACUGGGCCGACAGAGCGUGACGCAUGUGAUUCUGGGGAGGCCAAACAAUCACAACACCGACAAUAACAACAGCAACAAUUGUAGUGGAUAUAAUUAUCCCGGAGCAGGAGGCGGUCUCUCCGCAGGGAAACUGCAAAAAGAAAUCUCCCGCGCAGGAGGAGGAGGAGGAGGAGGAGGGGGGAAAGGAGUGAAAUUCGUUGGUGUGGAGUGGGUCCUCGAAAGCCUCAAGGCAUCCAAACGUCUCCCCGAAGCACGGUUUUCGUCGAUGCAUAUGGCGGCGAGGAAGCAGCCUAAAAGGGUAGCUAAGACAGAAAGGGUAGCUAAGACAAAAAAAGAAAAGAUAAGACGAGUAUGUGCAGUAUACGUACAUGUACAUGACAUGUUUAACAGACUUAUGGCUAACUAUUCCUUUUCCCUUCUUUCAAUCUUGUCCUUACGACCUACUUACCUACCUACCUACCUACCUACUUACUGUACUAGUACAUACUUCUCAGAAAGAACACCAACACCCCCUUUGCUCAGGUUAUGCAUGCCAACCAAGCCGUUACUGUAUAGUACUGUAUAUGUCGUGGUACAAUGGCGUACCCCGACGGAUCCCGACCAAGCUUCAUUUUAUUUUAUUUUAUUUAAUAAGCUUAUUUUAUUUUUUAAUUUUGGACAUAUGUAUAUAUGCUGGAUGUCAAAACUGAGGGGUAAUAAUGAUAAUGCAUUAUAUCUAAACAAUGAGAAUGGGACAGGUUGA